AUGGAGGAAGGUUACAAAAUGAUAACAAGCCAAUUCAGGAGAUUUACAUACCGUGAGUUGGUGGAAGCAACGGGUAAAUUUAAAGAAGAGCUAGGAAAAGGUGGCAGUGGUACGGUUUAUAGAGGAAUACUUGCAGACAAGAAAAUAGUGGCAAUAAAGAAGCUUACAGAUGUUAGACAAGGCGAAGAGGAAUUCUGGGCAGAAGUAACUUUGAUUGGGAGGAUCAAUCAUAUAAAUUUAGUCAGGAUGUGGGGAUUUUGCUCAGAAGGCAAACACAGGCUAUUAGUGUACGAGUAUGUGGAGAAUGAGUCAUUGGACAAGUACCUUUUUGGUGACAGGCGCACUGAAACAUUGCUAUCAUGGAGCCAAAGAUUCAAGAUUGCCCUGGGAACCGCAAGAGGCCUUGCUUACCUCCAUCAUGAAUGUCUGGAAUGGGUUGUCCAUUGUGAUGUAAAACCAGAAAACAUACUGCUGACCCGAGAUUUUGAAGCAAAGAUAGCAGACUUUGGACUGUCCAAGCUUUCAAAAAGAGACAGUCCUAGCUUCAAUUUCACUCAUAUGAGAGGCACAAUGGGCUACAUGGCACCAGAAUGGGCAUUGAAUUUGCCAAUCAAUGCAAAGGUUGAUGUUUACAGCUAUGGAGUUGUGCUUCUGGAGAUUGUUACUGGGAGUAGGGUUUCAAGUGGAUAA